AUGAGAAACCGUGAGGAAGAGGCCGGCAACGAUUUCCGAUGUCCCCGAGAGAGAGAGAGAGAAUCGGUCCGUUUUCCCGGCCCGGAGGGAUCGAAGGCGGCGGGCCCGCCCGUCCCGGCCUCCCGCCUCAUCUGCCUCCAUCGCAGGCUCUUAAUUUUCCUCUCCGGCGGGGAUGGAGGGGAGCUCGGAUGGGGUGGAGGGGAGCUCGGAUGGGUGGAGGGGAGCUCGGAUGGGUGGAGGGGAGCUCUGAUGGGUGGAGGGGAGUUCGGAUGGGGUGGAGGGGAGUUCGGGUGGGGUGGAGGGGCUCGGGGGAGGGAUGGUGAUGAGGGAGAAGGCGGGAGGCGACCGGGAGAGAUGAAGCGGGGAGGGCGGUGGUCCUGGCUCCUCCUGUCCCUCGUCUGCCUCGUGGGAGCGGCGGGGGGGAGCCCGGAGGCGAAGAGGCUCUACGACGACCUCCUCUCCACGUACAAUAGGCUCAUUCGGCCGGUGGGGAAUAGUUCCGAUCGGCUCACGGUCAAGAUGGGGCUCAGGUUGUCGCAGCUCAUCGAUGUUAACCUCAAGAACCAGAUAAUGACGACAAACAUGUGGGUGGAGCAGGAAUGGCACGACUAUAAGCUGAAAUGGGAUCCCGAGGAUUAUGGGGGAGUGAAGACGCUGUACGUCCCAUCGGAGACCAUCUGGCUCCCCGACAUCGUCCUCUACAACAAUGCGGACGGGAACUACGAAGUGACCAUCAUGACCAAGGCGGUGCUGCACCACUCGGGGAAGGUGACGUGGAAGCCCCCGGCCAUCUACAAGUCUUCGUGCGAGAUCGACGUGGAGUACUUCCCGUUCGACGAGCAGACGUGCUCGCUCAAGUUCGGGUCUUGGACCUACGAUGGGUACCUGGUCGAUUUGAGGCACAUCAAGCAGGAGCCGAACAGUAACUACAUUGACUACGGGAUCGACCUGGGCGAGUAUUACCUCUCGGUGGAGUGGGACAUCAUGAAAGUCCCGGCGACUCGGAAUGAGAAAUACUAUUCCUGCUGCGAGGAACCCUAUCCUGAGCGAUGGAAAGUUAGAAGUGGAAAGAGUAUGGCUGAAAGGGAGUCAGAUGACUGCGCCCAUAGCUACAGUCCAUCUCACAACCACCAAAGACGCAAUUUUCCAAAGGCUGGAAUGUGCAAAGAGAGCUCACGCUUCAUGCUCCAGGAAGGCAACCAGUGCAACGCGUACUUUGGAGACAUCCGGUUCAACAUCACAUUGCGCCGGAAAACGUUGUUCUACACGGUGAACCUGAUCAUCCCGUGCGUGGGGAUCUCGUUCCUGUCCGUGUUGGUCUUCUACCUGCCCUCCGACUCGGGGGAGAAGGUCUCCCUAUGCAUCUCCAUUCUGCUCUCACUCACUGUCUUCUUCCUCCUUCUCGCCGAGAUCAUCCCACCGACGAGUCUCACCGUGCCCCUGCUGGGGAAGUACCUCUUGUUUACGAUGACGUUGGUGACGUUUUCCGUGAUGGCGACGAUCGGGGUGUUGAACGUGAACUUCCGCUCUCCCUCCACCCACCGUAUGUCUCCGUGGGUGAAGACCCUCUUUAUCGACUUCCUCCCGCGGAUUCUCUGCAUGCGGAGGCCGGACUCCGAGGAGCACGCCAGACGGCUCAGCAUCGAGUUGAAGGAGGCACGGCGAUUCGAGAAGGGCGGCUUCCACACCUGGGACAUCCGUAUGCACGCCGUGGCCGGCUCCCAUUUCACCUUCAGUCUUCCAAGUGCGGACGGGACGGGGGAUCGCCCCACGUCCACGUCCUUUUUCCCGCCCUCGUCCAUGGAUCUAAGCCCGAUCCGGGAACGCCGCCAUGCUCCCGAGGUGGAACGGGCUAUCUCCAGUGUCCAGUUCAUCGCUCAACACAUGAAGAACAUGGACCGAUUCUCCAAUAUAGUGGAGGACUGGAAAUACGUGGCGAUGGUGCUGGAUCGGCUGUUCCUCUGGCUAUUCACGAUCGCCUGUGUGGCCGGGACGGCGGCCAUCAUCCUCUCGGCCCCGAGUCUCUGGGACACCCGGCGGCCCAUCGACAUCAAAUACUCCAAACUCGCUCAACGACGAUUCCGACACCUUCUCCCAGAGGAAGACUGGGUUUAAAAGUGACUCUUUUUUUUUUAAAUCUUACUCCAGGGCGUUGUUGGUUCCUUCUCCGCCGCUCAUCGACAGGUGAUAAGAAAUAAAGUUUCCUGCAACGUUUACACCUCAGUGCUCAAAAGCGUCACGGAAGAAGACAGGGGAGAACAAUAUAAGUCCGCCGAUAGGGAUGGAACUUCGUUUCUUUCUAUUAUUGUUGAGCAAAUCAUCACGUGUCUGUGAUUCGGGAAACGGUGUCAAGCUUCGGACAGUACUAUGAUGUAUUGUAUCCCUCGGUGCCAAAUGAACCAAAGAACAAAGAUAUGUGCUUCAAAGUUGUUUCUUGCUCAUGUUAUGCUCAUCCAGGGAACGGCACUAACCUUUGGCAUUGGGAUGAUGGAGCAGUCGAAGGAAGAAAACCGAAUAAAAUCAAUUGCAGGG